UGCUGAGGUUUCUUCUGACAUUUAAAGGGACAGCGGGAGCCAGUCUGCAGUCAUGGACCGGGGCGGGAUGAAGCACAGGGAGGGGGGACCCGGCCCGCGAACAGAAAUGAGCGGCUACAGUGUAUACGAAGAGGAGAACGAGAGGCUGACCGAGAACCUGAAAAUGAAAACCAGCGCUUUGAAAUCUCUUUCCAUUGACAUUGGAAAUGAAGUUAAAUAUCACAAUAAAAUGUUAGGAGAAAUGGAUUCAGACUUUGACUCCACUGGUGGACUUUUAGGCUCUACAAUGGGCAGACUGAAGAUAUUGUCCCGAGGAAGUCAAGCAAAGCUACUUUGCUACAUGAUGCUUUUUGCCUUUUUUGUUUUCUUUGUCAUUUACUGGUUUAUUAAACUUAGGUGAUGGGACGGUUUCUUUUUUAGUUCAUAUUCUGCCAUUUUCAGUUAUGGCUGCCCUUGUGUAGUGAACCAUCAUUGUUCUUCAGAUUGAUUGUCCAUCAGACAGUAUGUUCUUUAAGGCCCUAAGUUGGAAUCGGCCGUGUUUAUGUGCAAAACAACCCAGGGAUGCCCGCGUAACAGAUGGAGGAAUGAAAAUUGGAGCCUUCAUUUCCAGACAAUAACGGGACCACUGUACAACUGUGAAGAAAUGUGUCAGUUGCUAUAAUUACAGAGACCUGCACAGCAGGCAGAUACUAAGGACAUGUACCACUGUGGUUUUUAAUAUUUCUGAGGAGCAGGAAAAGUUGCAACUGCUCAUCAGCAACAAAGAUACCACUCAUUUUCCAUACAAAAUACUGUCAUUUUAAAGUUAAAAUGUAAUAACCAGUGCCAGCUCCUAAACUGCUUAAAUAUUAAACAGCACUUUAACAUUU